AAAGUAAUAUGUAUCGAUAGUGGAAUCGCAAGUGCCGCACCACUAGGUCGAAAGCGAGAUAGAAACAGAGAAUCAGAAAAACACAGCGCACACAAUUAAAAUAAGGUGCCUAAUGUUUGGAUGUUUGGCCCCCAAUUAGUCGGACGUUUAAGCGAUAAGAAAUAAGAGAGAAAAUAGCCGCUAAAAAGAAUAGCAAUACCUUGGCCGAAGAAAGCACAACGAAAGAACAAGAAUCAAGGAGAGAGAGAGAGAGAGAAGCCAACAACAAAACCCAUCAAAUUUGGUAAACCCCUAUUCAAAAAAUUCCCAAUCCAUGAUCAGCGGAGAGCAGCAAUUUACCUCCAAGCCAGUACUAUGGUAAUAUCACUCGGUACGAUGGGCCUCGUGCCCCUGCCACAUCGAAAAAUCGCCAUGCAUCCAAGAUUGUAAAUAAAAAUAUUUAUUAAAUUCCCCCCUCAAGAAAAUGCACAAGAAACUUGAGAUAAGAGCCUGAUAAAAACAAAAAAAAAAAUUAAAAGAAAUAAAAGAAGUAAAAGAGAGGGGGAAGGAAGGAUAGAAGGAGGAGGAGCACCCCACCCCCACCCACCGCCAUACAAAUGAGGGUGCAACAGGUUGACCACCUAACAACAACAACAACAAAGAGAUAAAAUAAUAAUAAAAAAAAAACGAAAAUAAAAAAAGCAACAAACUAACCGCACGAAAAAUAGAAAAAAAAAACAACAAACAGAAACCACCAAACCACAAGAGCAACAACAACAACACACACACACACAGCCACCGAAAGAGACAGAUACUAUAUAGAGAGCGAGAGGGCAUCACUAUAAAUAAAAAUAAAAAAUAAAAGAAACAAAACCUAGAAAACAAAAUGUUACAAAACUCGAACGCCGCUGCCGCAGCGCAGGCAGCAGCACAGGCAGCCACAGCGGUGGCGACACCCGCCGCAGCAGCAGCAGCCGCAGCAGCGGCGGCAGCAGCAUCGGCCGCAUCAGCCGCCUCAGCGGCAGCAGCCGUGGCGGCGUCCACCGUCCAGCCAAAGUUGAUCGUCAUCCGGCGGCGGCCCAACCAGGGAUUCGGCUUCACGCUGCGCCACUUCAUCGCCUAUCCGCCGGAAGAUGACGCCAGCGGAGCAACGGCGACAGCGACGUCGGGCAGCUGGGGACAGGACGCCUCCAGUUUGGCCGGCAGCGGUGGCAGCGUCGGCAGCAGCAGCGUCGGCGUCGGCGUCUCCGGUUUGGAGCCAACAUCGCCGACGUCGCUGUUGCCAUACCAAGUGAAAGCGAUGGAGACCAUUUUCAUCAAAGAGGUGCAGGCGAACGGACCGGCCCACUUCGCCAACCUGCAGACGGGUGACCGCGUGCUGAUGGUCAACAACCAGCCGAUCGCUGGCAUCGCCUACAGCACCAUCGUUUCGAUGAUCAAGCAGACGCCGGCGGUCCUAACGCUGCACGUGGUGCCCAAGGAGUGCGAUGUCCUGCAGAUGCACUAUACAAGCAUUGCACACACCCCGGAGUCAAACCGUCUGACCAUGUCGACGCACUCCCCCUCCCUGAUGGCCAACGGCUCCCACAAGAGCGCACUACCAGUUGCAGCACCGCAUCACCAUCUGCAUCAGCAGCAGCAGCAACAACAGUUGAUCUCAUAUCCCGCUGUCAAGGCAGUGGCAACAACAUCGCCGGCUGGAUCACCGCACUCCUCCUCCAAUCCGAACCAUCCCAAUUCCUCGCACUAUGCCACCUCCCUUUACGGAGGCAGUCGCUCCGGGAGUAUUACAAGUACGGCUAGUGGUGGGGGAGGAGGAGGUGGUGGUGUGGCCAGCCUGAGUCAUCAAUACCAGCAGCAACUGCAACUCCAGCAGCAGCAGCAGCAGCAGCAACAUCACCACCACCACCACCAGCAGCAGCAACAUCGUCAUCCGGCGCUUAGUGGCGGCAGCAGCAGCAUAGAUUUUGGAGACAUGGCUCAUGGACUGCGACAGCAGAAGCAGCAGCUACAACAGCAACAACAACAGCAACAACAACAGCAACAUUUCUACCAGCAACAGAUACAACAACAACAACAACAACAACAACAGCAGCAGCAGCAACAGCAACAGCAACAACAUCAUCAUCAGCUGCUAGCCACCGGCGGCAACAACAGCAGCAGCAGCAGCAGCUUUAUGCGGUAAGUCCACAAACUAAAUUUGCUCACCUGGUCUGAAAAGGCAAUUGACGUCACAGGCGGCCAGAUUACAACAGGUUUUUGGCCAAUAAAAAUGGUGAAAAGAGAGGGGAGGUAGAGGAAAAAGAGGAGGGGUAAAGAAAAGCUGAAAAUAGCUGAUAAA